AUGACUGUUUUUCCUCAUUUUCAAUUUUUAAAUUUUUGUGCCAUUACUGAGUCAUUGGGUGGUCACAGCUGGUACCAUUUUGAUGAUACCAAAGUUUCAAACUCCACUUUAAGAAAGUUGUCCUCUGAGCAAGCCUAUCUUGUGUGGUAUCAAAGAGUAGAUUCUGGAGGCAAAUUGUCCCUAGAAACAGAACAAAUAAUAGAGAAGUUUUCCCAGCCGAAGGAAAGUCCAGAGACUGGUGACACACAUCGGACAGUUGAGCCAGACAACGAGGAUGUUUUUUUUAACAGUGACGGGUCAUUAGACUUAUUUUAUUCACCAUCUGAGUCCUCUUUGGCACUGUCACAGAAGGCACCUUCUCCCUUUCCAACUGAGUGGGAAGCUCCUGAUUUGUCAGAACCGAUAAUUAAUAACUUACCUCCCAUCUCCAAUUGCAUCACCAGGAGUCAGAAUCAGGAUGUGAAAGUGUCAUCAGAAGUGGGUUGUCGCAUUACUUCAACAGCUCCUCACACACAAAAAGUAACUGCCAUCCCCAAUGGUAUCCCUGGGAGUCAGAGUCAACCAACCCAAACACAGGGACCAGGUUGUGAUCAUCCCAAUCUCGAUCUGGAUAUCAUUGAUCCACAGUUGAAUGAAGAAGAUGAAGUCCCUGGAGCUCAGCUUGACAUUGAGAAGAUAGAAAGCUACAAGAAUGCUCAACUGGUUAGGUGGCUGCAAUGCAGGCGUUUGCCUCUGAAGGGCAAAAGACAGGCUCUGAUAACUAGGGUUGAAAAUCACAUGAGAAACAAAGUGUCUUCGCUGUUGUAUCCUGGUGUGGACGGGGGAAAGUGGUAUGAGUUAAAAAGAAAGAGACUGAUGUCUGAGGCUCAGCAGAUCAUUUCUCGCCUUCCACAAGUGCAGCCCUGGGGUCCUUCACUUUUCAAACCGUUUCCCAGUGUACACAUACCCAACAAGUAUUCUUCAGUGAAAGCGAAGGAGUAUUUGAAGCAAAUUCCCGAAACUCGUUUUACAUAUGAUGGUGGUGUGGAGGCUGUGGAGGCUGUAGAAUCUGAACCUGACUCACAAGGCCUUGUAGAUUUUUCUGUGUCCACUCAGAGUGAUCGGAAGAAUAUUUUUGUGGAUGGAACAUUGAGGCGUGCCAAUCUUUUUAUAGAUAGUGGCAGAGUUGUCACAAUAAAAGACUGCCAGAGAAACGAUCACUAUUUUGUUAAUGCAAUGGUGCAUGCAUCUUACAGAAACGUCACAUAUGAGGUGACAGUCACCAUAUCCAAAAAAAGUGGAUCAGUGUGCGCUGCUGGAUGUUGCUGUAAGGCAAGGGCACUUGGGCGGUGCUGUCAUGUUAUGGCUGUUCUCCUUCUCAUUGGCCGCCAUGUGGAGAAUCAAGGACAUGAAGCUGUCACUUGCACUGGCAGAUUGUGCUACUGGCUUGCAUCAGGUUCUGAAGCUAACAGGCAGCCCGGCAUAGUCAGAGAAAAAGGUGAAUAUUACAAUGAGGCCAGAUACUACAGAAGAGGGCAUUUUGAUCCUCGUCCUACGGCCAUUCAAGUUGGAGUGGAUGAAGCUAAGGUGAAAUAUUUCUACAGUCUUAUUGAAGAUUAUCCAGAAAAAAUUCUUUGGUACUAUCAACUCCUUCACAGUCCUCCACCUGCUGAGUUCUACCCAGAUGAACACUUGACUCCUGUUUUUGGGGAACUGUGCAGUUACCUGCUCUGGAAUUUAAAUAAUAUUAGGCAAAUGUCCAUGACACAGCCUCUGCAUUUCCCUCUGACUCAAAAGCAGAGUGAAAGCAAUUCCUGGUUUCGUGAGAGAUCUGUCAGGAUUCCUGCAUCAAAUGCAAAGCAAAUUUUAGGGCUUUCAAGCGAAAGGGGUCGAAUGAAUUUUUUGAGAAAACAUGUUUGGCGUUUGGACCCUUUCAAAAACGAUGCCAUGGAGCGAGGCACACAAUUAGAACCUGUUGCAAGGAGAGUUUUUGCAAGAGACCUAAAGAAAGUGCACCCUCAUCACGCUGUUGUAGUAAGUGGCAUGUGGGUGAAUCCCAUGUGCCCUCAGCUUUCAUGCAGUCCUGAUGGACUAAUAGUCGACUCGAAUGGAAUCUUUAAAUUACUGGAAAUUAAGUGUCCUGCCGUUCUUGAGGAGAUGGAUCCAAAUGAUUAUGAAUUAUUACCAAAGGAUCAGUUAGGAAGGUUUUGCCUAAAGCGUAAUAAAGUGACAGGUAAACCACAACUGAAAGAAACUAAUAAGUGGUAUUAUCAGGUGCAAAUGGCAAUGGAUAUCAUGAAAGUGGAGGAGUGUGAUUUUGUUGUUUUCUCAACAGUUAAGGGAAAACCCAAGUACCUUACCGUUGAAGUUAACUAUGAUGAAAGUUUUUGGAGGGAGAAGAGAGAAAGACUGAAAACCAUACACAGAGAGUGGUUUGUUCCCGAAUACUUUCUGUGUAAUACUCCAUUUAAACGGCCAGCCUAUCAACUAAUUUACUCUCCUUUCCAUGAAGAUCAUGAAGACAAAUAUUUUGGAGAUGUUGAGGAGGGUGUGAAAUGCCUCUCACUUCAAAAUGAAUCAGAAUUCCUCAUUUCAGUUCCUCAAGAAGAAGAGCAGGAGGAGAGUGAAGAUUCUGAUUGUGACGUUAAGUUAAAUGAAUAUUUUGAAAUAUUAUACAUUGACCAUGAUGAUGAGUAGCUUAUUGAUAAUUUAAGGUCUUAUCUUUAUGUUGUAGAUAAUUAUUUUUGAAAUUUAAGUUCUACCAAAAUACGUUACUUAGUACCUCUUGAUUUUUAAUAUUGUACUGAUGUUUACCCAUUUGUUGAUACUAAAUUGUACCAAAGAUAAGUGAGGUGCUUUCUAGUUUGGUUUUCAAGUUUAUUCCAAUUAAGGAGAGCCUAGUAUACU